CCAUCUCUCCACUUCGGAAAUGCAAGGGGUCGAUCUCACUAGAAGUCGGUACCUUUGGAGCUCCAUGUUAUUUGAGUAUGUAUCUCUUGGCUCACUACCAUUUCUUAGACGACGAGAUACGAUAUCACCGUUGCCGCGAUUGGCUCCGGGGGCGACGCACUGGUCUCUGUUGACGUCGACUUUGGCACCGUCACACUUGCAUGAAGAUCUUCGCAGUUACUUUUCUGCGGAAGCCAUGUUGCCAGUCGUCUGUGCUAAACACCCGCGACUCGGCGCCGUUACGCUUGCAUGGUAUCAUCCCAUGGCCUGGGCUACUCUACAGAGCAUUUUCUUUUCGGGAUCGCUCGUGUCCAAGCUCGUCACACACCGUGCUCGUGCCAGUGUUGACGAGAUCGACACUUCUUCGUGGGAUUGUGGGAUGGGAUGCGAGAUAAGGCCCGAGACCACACAUUCGACGUCCGACGUCAGACAGAUGUAACGUGGAUACGAAGCAGACGGAGGUGAGGCCAUGGGCAUGGAAACCAGAGAUAUAAGUAUCCUCAAAAAACCCUCCCCCAGAACCCACAAACGCCAACAUGCAGUUCACCAUCCUCGCCUUCGCCGCCAUGGCCGCUGCUAUCCCAGCCAUGAUUCAGGAGCGCGCUCCGGGUUCCGUCUGCCCAGCACUCGACACCCCUCUUUGCUGCCAGGCCGAUGUCGAUGGAGUUGUCGACGUGACCUGCGAGGCUCCUUCCGACACCUCCUCCGUCAACGCCUUCAAGAGCAGCUGUGCCUCGAGCGGCACCACAGCCAAGUGCUGCACUUUGCCUUUGGCUGGUGAUGCUCUUCUCUGCAGCUCCCCAUAAAUGCAUUAUGUAUGGGGCAACGGGGAAACAUCCAACCAACCCUUUUUUCAUGAAUGGAAUAUGACAAAGUCGGAGAAGACGAGAAUGAAGAGGAGGAUUUCACGAGAUACAUUUACAUUGUACUGGCUUUGUAUUCUUAACAACAACAAAAUUCUUUUUUGUAUUCACAGACAGAAUUUUCUUUUGUUAUCGAGAAUAGAGACAUAACAGAUUUUUCAUCUACUUA